AUGCCAAGAAAUAUUAAUCAAUAUUGGCAACUGCAGGAGCAAGAAUUGAUUGUGAUAAUUAUUAUGCUCCUUGCAAGUAAUACCAACAAGAGAAUUUGGAUGCAUCGAUGGAUAGCAAGAAGAAAGGAGAAAGGAUUACAUCAUAACCUUUUCUUAGAACUCAGUCUAGAAGAUCCCAACAGAUUCAGGAGGUGUUUACGUAUGAACACAGAAACUUUUGAAGAACUUUUAGAGAAGGUUUCUCCACUCAUUGAAAAGAAGAAUACACAUUUGAGAGAAAGUAUUCCAGCAGCAGAAAGACUUUCUUUAACUUUGCGGCAUUUGGCUACAGGAGAGUCACAGGAAUCCUUGUCAUUAACUUUUAGAAUAGGUCAAAGCACAAUAUCUGGCAUCAUAAAAGAAGUAUGUCGAGCUAUCGUUACUGUAUUGAAGGAAGAAUAUUUAAAAGCUCCUUCUUCUGAAAUGGAGUGGCAAGAAAUUGCACGAAAUUUUGGUGAACUGUGGCAGUUUGAAAAUUGUAUAGGUGCAAUUGACGGGAAACACUGUAGAAUUGACCCGCCACUAAGAUCAGGAUCACUUUAUUAUUGUUACAAGGACUUCUUCAGUAUUGUUUUAAUGGCAGUUGUCGAUGCUCACUUACGCUUUAUAUACGUUGAUAUUGGGACAAAUGGACGAAUAAGUGAUUCGGGUGUAUGGAAUAAAUGUACUCUCAAGGUGAUGAAGGUUUUCCUUUAA